AUGGAGUCGUGGGCGUUGUUCUCCCUACCUCUGAUCCUGGCUUUGCUCUGCUCGAUCGGUUCGUGCAACGCCUCGGAGGGUAUAAUAGGUAGCCGAGAAACGUGCGACGUCGAGGGAGAAGAUUUCACCGUCGACAAGAUCCCGAACACCAAGUGUUUCAACUGCAUAUGCAAGAACGGUUUCGUCGAGUGCCGAAAGCAGCACGAGUGUCCCAGCAUCGAAGGCUGUUACACGUUGCUGGAGCCACGGGAGGAAGAGUGCUGUCACAGGUGUAAAGGGUGUACAAGAAACGGGGUGUACCAUGAGUCCGAGACCGAGUGGACGGAGGGAAAUGACCCGUGUAAAGUAUUCACCUGCAAGGCUGGGGUUAUCACCGAAUCACGAUUGCACUGUUACACGCCUUGCUCGAAACCGAUUCCUGCCCCACCGGGUCAAUGCUGUCCCGUAUGCGCGGGAUGCCACGUGAACGGACAAAUGGUGACGGCGGACAGAACCGUGACGACUACCGAGGAUCCAUGCGUGACCUGCAGAUGCAACGCGGGACGAUUGAUCUGCGCGAAACAAGCCUGUCCGGUGCUGCACUGCCCGUCUUCGAGAAUAAUUCACGAUUCUGGCGAGUGUUGUCCCCGGUGCAAAGGUAGCGGGCGAUACCUGUCACCGCCGAAAGGCGCGUGCAUGCUCGGCACGAUGAUCUACAAUUCGGGGAAGCAGUUCUACGCGGACCAAUGCACGCGAUGCAGCUGCUCUAAUUCGGCUGUGAGCUGCGUCCGAGAGACCUGCCCGGUCCACGACUGUCCGAACGAGCAUCAGAUCGUUCUACCGGGUCGUUGUUGUCCCCAGUGUCCCGAGAUCGAGGAGGUUCGACCAUCGUGCUCGUACGCCGGCAAAACAUACGGGGAUGGUGAAACUUGGAAGCUUGACUCGUGCAAGGCAUGCGCUUGCACUCAGGGCAAGGUGCGCUGCGUGAUGCCGAUGUGCCCGUCAUUGAAUCUACCCUGCCCGCCGAAUUCGAGGUUGGAACACCCGGAGGGCCAGUGUUGUCCACGCUGCGUCGAAAGCGACGGUGUCUGCACCGUGUUCGGCGAUCCCCAUUAUCGCACGUUCGACGGGAAGUUUUACAGCUUCAAGGGAGCUUGCAAGUACCAGUUGGCCAGCGAUUGCGCGGGUCACACGUUCAGCGUGAGGGUGACCAACGACGCCAAAUCGACCAAGUUCUCCGCGUGGACCAAAACGAUCGCCGUGAAGGUCGGCGAUCUGAAGGUGAAUCUCGGUCAAAAGAUGCGAGUCAAGGUGAACGGGAAGAAGGUCGAGGUGCCGUACCGGGUGCCGAACCGAUUGGAGGUGAACCGAACGUCGGACAGCGUGAUCGUGAGCACGCAGAUCGGCAUCAAGGUUCUAUGGGACGGCAUCAGUUUUCUCGAGGUGUCCGCCCCGACUUCGUACAGAGGACGGCUCUGCGGUCUUUGCGGAAACUUCAAUUCCCUCCCGAAGGACGAUUUUACGAAUCGCAGGGGCAGACUGUUGCAGGAUCCGCAACCGUUCGGUCAGUCCUGGGCGGUUGGAGCGAAAAGAAGUUGCGUCAGACCUAAACCGGCGGCUAAUCUCGACCGUGAGAGACGUUGCAGAGGACGAAAGGAUCACCGGUUGUGCAAUCGGUUGCGAUCCCAGAUUUUCGACGCGUGCCACAAGAAGGUGAACCCGACGAUGUACUACAAGGCUUGCCUGCAGGACAUGUGCGAGUGCCCUACCGAGAAUUGCUACUGCGAAUCGUUCACCGCGUACGCGCACGAGUGCAAGAGACUCGGGAUUCAGUUGUCGCAUUGGCGAAAAUCGACCAGGUGUCGAACCGGUUGGGAUCAGACAGCCGCCGCUGUCGCCGUAGGUUCGACGGUGCUCGGCUCGCGUUUCCCUUGAUUCUCGUCGUUCGAAUCGGGACUGGGUUGGUCGUGGUCGCUCUGCCGUCACAUGGCCAACUCUAGUACAGUUCCAGAACAUGUGAUGUGGUAACACUGUAUAUGUCGCUUUUAUAAGCAUAUUUAAUAAGGGCCAGUUGACUCAUUCACAUGUAAAUUUACCUAGCAGGUACUACAACAUGCGACCAAUAUCUCCUUAAAGGCCCAUUAUACCCAUCCGUGCCGUGUCCGUCGCCAUCCGUGGCACCGACAGUCCGAGCGCCCGGAUCGAACACGGA